AUGUCCAGUAAUUGGGUGCGCGGUGAUCGCGCAUCUGGAUGGCGCAUAGAGCUGCAGAAGAAUGUGAGCGUGUGCGAGGACUGGCUUAACACUGCAGUCGUGCACCUACCGUCAGCGCUGCAACAGGAAUUCCUAGACGACGACCUGUACACCGCGACCAAGCGCAAAUGGGCGUCCGAGCGUGCGGAAAGCAAACACGCUCGUGAUAUGCAGCAGUAUUUUAGCAGCGCCGAGCUUGUGGAUCUGAGAGAAGUCGUGUGGCUCGAGCCGUCCUGCGGUGACGGCCGGUUCCUGACGACACUCCUACGAGCUAGAGCGCAGCACGUCGUCGGCUACGAGAUUGACGAGAAGCUGCACGUAGUUGCGAAAAAGAAUAGUCACGUACCUGCUGACAAGUUCGUUGUUGCGGUUGGCAACCCGCCGUUUGGUGCAAAAGGCGGCGAUGGGAGCGACCGCGUGCAUCAAUUUUUCCGACACGCCGCGAGAACUUGGCGAGCUCGCAUCAUCGCGUUCAUCGUGCCGGAAAGGUGCUCACGGCGCGAAUUUGUCGAGAACACGUUGAAGCAGCUUGAGGAUCUCGACGGUGCUGCGGGAGCCUGGACUCUGGCGACGGAGCUCGCACUCACCGGCUUCCAGUUCGAAUUUGGCACGGGCGCAAAGCUCAAACGUGUGCGCCAGCCGAGUGUGCUGCAACUUUUUGUCCGCAGCGAUCUAUAA